AUGUCAACCGAAUAUGAAAGAAUUUACUUGAACCAGUCGAAGAUGCCAGGCCGUAUGAGAAUUGCGGAAUCAGGUUUGGGUUGGAAAGCACAGAGUGUUCCUGGAGCCACUACCAAGACGUCUCCGUUCUUAAUGCCCAGCGAAGAGAUCUCCUCGGCGGUUUGGUCACGUGGUUGCAGAGGAAACGAAUUGCGUAUUGACACCAAAAAUAGGGGAGUGGUGAUGCUGGAUGGUUUUGGCAAGGAGGAUUUCAGCAGUUUGAAGAACGAAUUGGAGAAAUACUUUGACAUGCAAUUGGAAGCACGUGAACACAGUUUGAGAGGCUGGAACUGGGGGAAAACCCAGCUUGCCCGAAAUGAAUUGAUCUUCAAUGUAAGUAACAAACCUGCCUUUGAAAUUCCUUACUCUUUUGUUGGUAAUACAAACAUGACGGGUAAGAAUGAAGUGUCUGUUGAAAUGGAUCUGUCUUCCAAUAAUAAGAUCGAAAGAGGUGGAGACGAGCUGGUGGAAAUUAAGUUUUUCUUACCAGGAAGUAUGAAGCAAGAAGAGGAAGAGGUGUUAAAAAAGAAAGAAGAGGAAAGGGAGAAGGUCGAAGGAGAGGGUAAGGAGGCCACGGGAGAUAAGAUCGAACAGCUCAAGACCAAGGCUCUUUUCUUUUACGACGAGUUGAAGGAAAAGGCCGAUCUUGGACAAGUUGCUGGUGAAAUGAUUGUUUCUUUCGGUGAAAUACUGUUCUUGACUCCUCGUGGAAGGUAUGAUAUUGACAUGUACGAUUCGUUCCUGAGGUUGAGAGGAAAGACAUACGAUUAUAAAAUUCGUUAUGCACAAAUCCAACGGAUCUUUUCAUUGCCUAAGAUUGAUGGACUACAUCAACUUAUGAUUUUGCAGGUUGAUCCUCCGCUAAGGCAGGGACAGACAAAGUAUUCAUUUCUUAUUUUGCAGUUUGAUACACAGGAAGAGAUCGAGGUGGAAUUGAACCUUGAUGAUGAAGAAUACGAAAAAAAAUGGAAGUCUCGUUUGAACAAGACCUAUAAUAACUAUACAUAUCUGGUUCUUUCCAACAUAUUUAAAGGAUUUACUGAACGAAGGGUUGUUCAGCCGGGAUCUUUCUUAUCAAAGGAGUCCGAGGUUGCAAUUAGUUGUUCUGUGAAGGCUAAUGAGGGUCAUUUGUAUCCUUUAGAGAAGUGUCUGCUGUUUGUUACGAAACCAACCAUCUUGAUUCCUUAUUCAGAGGUGAGCGAGAUUGUUUUCUCUCGAGUCGACUCUACUGGAACACAGAGAACGUUUGAUAUGAAUGUGAAUCUCAAGUUCGGUGGAAGUUCUCAUUCAUUUGGUAACAUCGAUAGAGGUGAGCAGCCAUUACUAGAGAAUUUCUUCCAGUCUAAGAAUAUUCAAGUUAAGAAUGAUGAGAAGAUUGCUCAGGAUAUGAUGGCAGCAGCUCUGAUGGAUUCUGAUGGCGAUGAGGAUAUGGAUAUGGGUUCUGCUGAUGAGGAAUCACCCGACGAGGACUUCAAGCCUGGUGAGGAUGAUGCGGAUGUUGACGAUGCAGAUGUUGAUGAUGCGGACAUUGAUGAUGCGGACAUUGAUGAUGCAGAUGUUGAUGAUGCGGACAUUGAUGAUGCAGAUGUUGAUGAUGCGGAUGUUGAUGAUGGAGAUGCUAAAGAUGAUGAUGGUCAGCCUGAGAUUAAGAAGCAGAAAAACUAA